AGAGGAUGAUUAAAGCGCGAAGAAGAUUAUGCGCAUGCGCUGUUAAAGGCUACGUCAGCUCUUUCUGUACAAAGGUGGAAACUGUGGAAGCUACGUGGCUCUCAUUUCUCCUGCGUUUUUACCGAACAGCACGUCGGAAAUAGCCCGAACACCAUGGAUCAGGUUAUGCAGUUUGUUGAGCCCGGCCGGCAGUUCGUCAAAGACUCCAUAAGGCUCGUUAAGAGGUGCACAAAACCCGACAGGAAAGAAUUUCAGAAGAUUGCCAUGGCCACAGCGAUUGGGUUUGCCAUCAUGGGUUUCAUUGGCUUCUUUGUCAAGCUCAUUCACAUUCCCAUCAACAACAUCAUUGUUGGUGGUUAAAUCCUGGUCAAACUUCAAUCUAUGGACAGGAGACGGUGAAUGCAGUGUUAACGGCUGAUGUGAUUGGGGGUGGGGUGGGGUGCUGUUGGGAUGGUAUUUUUACAUUCUGUGUUCAGCAUUUAUAAGUCGCUGUGUAAAUAAUAAAAUAAUUGGAAGUCUGAAA